AACUGCACCCCACCAUCGCCGCUUCUUCGGGCUCUCCGGGACGGGAGCGCACAGCGCCAAGUUUCGUCCACCACCAGCGCGUCGGUUCCUCCGCAAAAUCCAGGAGCAACCGUUCUCUCUUGCUCGUUUUGUUUCAGGGAAAGCAACCGUACUCAAAACAGAGCAAGAACCAACGUCCAGCGGCAACAACUAGAGCACGCCAGCAAGCGAUCAAACCCAAGUGAUUCAUCCUUUGUACUACGUUCGUGCCGUGCCAUGCCACGCAGAUACGCCCAAGUGUCCAGCGGCAGGACAGGAGGGAGGAGAGCGCGUCAUGGAGAUGGCGAGCGCGAGGAGGCGGGCGAGGCAGCUCAGCGGCGACCACGCCGUGCUGUGGAGCGCCUGCGUGCUGCUCUCCGCCGCCUCGCUGCUCCUCGCCGCCACCCUCUCCUCGGGCUUCGGGCUCGCCGGGGAGGUCAGCGUGGUCGUGAGGGCGAGCGCCGGCGCCGUUGUCGUGACGACGGACGACGGCCGCCCAUACUGCGGCGACGUUGGCCGCGACGCCAUGCUCACGGACGGCGAGUGGGUGCGCGAGGAAGCGGGCGCGGCUCCUCUGUACGACCCGAGGGAGUGCCCGUUCGUCGACGUGGGGUUCCGGUGCCGGGAGAACGGCCGGCCGGACGACGGGUACGCCCGGUGGAGGUGGCGCCCGAGGCACUGCGAGCUCCCGAGGUUCGACGCCAAGAAGUUGCUGGAGGCGCUCCGGGGCCGCCGGCUGGUGUUCGUCGGCGACUCGAUCGGGCGCAACCAGUGGGAGUCCAUGCUGUGCAUGCUCUCCUCCGCCGUCGCCGACGCCGGAGCCUCGGUGCGGGAGGAGCACGGGAGCCCCAUCACCAAGCACAAGGGCUUCCUCUCCUUCCGGUUCCUCCACCACAACCUCACGGUGGAGCACUACCGGUCGCCGUACCUGGUCCGUCGCGGCGGCCGCCCCCGGCCCCGCCGCGCGCCCAGGCACGUCCGCUCCACGCUCCAGCUCGGCGCCAUGGACUCCAGGGCUCACCUGUGGAAGGGCGCCGACGUGCUCGUCUUCAACUCCGGUCACUGGUGGAACCAGGACCGGCUCCAGCAGCUGCAUUGCUACUUCCAGGAAGGCAAGAGGCUGAGGCUGGACAUGAGCGUGGAGGAGGCCUACCAGAGAGCCAUGGACACAGUGCACGAAUGGGUUCAGAAGGAGGUGGACGGCAGCAAGACCCUGGCCGUCUUCAGAACGUACUCGCCGGCGCACAAUAGGGGCACAAAUGGCGGGAGCUGCGCCAUGGAGACGCUGCCGGAGCUGAACAUGACCGGAAUCUCGCUGGGCCGGUGGCCGGGAAUGCUGCUGCCGGCGUUUGGGGGAUCGGAAUCGUCGGCCGGCGCGAGGGACCUGCGUGUGAUGAACGUGACGCUGAUGACGGCGCAGAGGAGGGACGGCCACCCGGCGGUGUAUAACGUGGAGCCGUCGGCGAGGAUGCCGGUGGGGCAGAGGGCGGACUGCAGCCACUGGUGCCUGCCCGGCGUGCCCGACGCGUGGAACGAACUCCUCUACGCCAUGAUUCUCCGGAGGUUUUCUUAGACUUUUUUUUUAAUAUGCCUAGAACUCAGCUAGCUAAGUUAUAGUAUGAUCUUAUUGUCGUUGUCGAUCUUUUUUUUUUCAUCGAAAUCUCAUAGU